CACAUUUCCACUUCUCCAUCUGCCAACGCCCACAACCCGGCCCCCGAGUCGUCGCAGUUCCCGCUCCCUUCUCUUGUUGUCGUCGCAACAAAAGUCUUGUUUGUCACGAGGCGCCCGUUUGGACGUCUGUUCGUUCUGGUUUCUUUUUUCUUAUCCCCGACCUGCCUAGGCUUGUCUAUAUUCGGCGCAUCCUCUAUUGGGCUGUGAGGAGUUCUUCGAAUCACUCUGCCGCCACCAUACCAACGACACCUGCAACCGCGACGCAAGCCCUCUGCGCAUGCAGUUUACCUCUCGAUCUCGACCGCAACAUAAAUCUCAUCAUCUCAUCAGACUAGACCACCGCAGCCAUGGGUGUUCCCAAAUUCUUUCGGUGGCUCUCCGAGCGCUACCCUGCCAUAUCACAGGUCAUUGCCGAGAACAGGAUACCCGAGUUCGACAACCUGUACCUUGACAUGAACGGUAUCAUCCACAACUGCACGCACAAGGACUCGGACGAUGCAACUUUCCGCCUCAGCGAGGAUGAAAUGUUUAUUCGCAUCUUCAACUACAUCGAGCAUCUCUUCGGCAAGAUCAAGCCAAAGAAGCUGUUCUUCAUGGCCAUCGACGGUGUUGCGCCCCGAGCCAAGAUGAACCAGCAGCGCUCGCGUCGUUUCCGGACCGCUCGUGACGCUGAAGAGGCCAGAGACAAGGCCAUCAGGGAAGGCCAGGAAAUGCCCAAAGAGCCGCCCUUUGACAGCAACUGCAUCACCCCCGGCACCGAGUUCAUGGCCAAGCUUACGCAGCAGCUCAAGUACUUUAUCAACAAGAAGAUCUCGGAAGACAGCGAUUGGCAAGGAUGCGACAUCGUCCUGUCCGGCCACGAGGUGCCUGGAGAAGGAGAGCACAAGAUCAUGGAGUACAUCAGGAACGCCAAGGCGCAGCCUGAUUACCCCCCGAAUGUACGCCACUGUCUCUACGGUCUCGACGCCGAUCUCAUCAUGCUGGGCCUGCUCAGUCACGACCCGCAUUUCUGCUUGCUGCGUGAGGAAGUCACAUUUGGCCGGGCUUCCAAGACGAAAUCCAAAGAUCUCGAGCACCAAAACUUCUACCUCCUCCACCUCUGUAUUGUCCGAGAGUAUCUGGAGCUGGAAUUCCAGGACCUCAAGACGGAUAACACAUUGAAGUUUCCCUUCGAUUUAGAGAGGGUCAUAGACGAUUUCAUCCUCAUGGCGUUCUUUGUGGGUAACGAUUUCUUGCCGAAUUUGCCCUUUUUGCAUAUCAACGAGGGUGCUUUGUCGACCAUGUUCAGGCUAUACAAGCAGGUGUUGCCUCAAUGCGAGGGGUACAUCAACGAAGGUGGUGUCAUCAAUUUCCCGAGGCUGGGCCUCUUGCUAGAUGAGCUGUCGAAGGAGGAAAAGCGGCAUUUCGAGCAUGAGAACGCCGAUAGCAAGUGGAUGCGGAGCAAGCAGCUGUCGGAGACGAAUGGCAGACAACCUAUCCGACAGAAGGGAAACUCUGUGGUCAUCACCACCUCGCAAAAGGAGAUUUGGAAAACGAUACGCAAGUUCCUCACUAAGAAGGCUACCGAGCCUCUCGAUUUGGGUCAUCAACUCAACGCUGAGGACCGGAAGUUUGUCCAAGAUGUUGCGAGCAACCUGAACCUGGAGUGGACCACUACAUCGGACGACGAUGGGCUUCGGCACCUUGUCGUGUCUCCUCCGCCAAAGCCUGAAGCUGAUGGUGAGGACGAUGACGAAGAGGAGGACGAAGAGGGCCAGCUUGCUCUGAUGCGAGCUAUGCGGAAGUAUGAUAAUGCUCAGGUUGUCGACGUCUCCAAUGAGGAGGCCCAGGAGGCCAUGGCUGUGAAGUACAAGGAGAAAUUCCUGGAAUGGAAGGACUCGUACUACGCAGGCAAGUUCGAAUGGGCUCCAGAGGAGAAGGUUGCCGGCCUCAAGGGCCUGGCUGAAAACUACGUCCAGGGCUUGCAAUGGGUGUUGUUCUACUACUACCGAGGCGUGGCCUCGUGGCCCUGGUAUUAUGCCUACCACUACUCUCCCAUGACUUCUGACAUUUCAAAGGGAUUCGGAGCAGACCUUGACUUCAAACUCGGCCAGCCUUUCAGGCCAUUUGAACAGCUCAUGGGCGUGCUUCCGGAUCGAAGCAAGUCUAUUGUUCCUACUGUCUACCACGAUCUGAUGACAAACCCCAAAUCCCCCAUCGUCGACUUUUAUCCGAGAGACUUUGAGCUUGACAUGAACGGCAAGAAACAGGAUUGGGAAGCUGUUGUUAAGAUUCCGUUCAUUGAUGAGAAGCGACUCCUCGAAGCAAUGGCCGCCGUCAACGACAAGCUCUCGCCCGACGAAAAAGCUCGCAACGGUUAUGGUGUCUCGUUGAAGUUCACCUACGACAACAAUGUCAACUUCACGUACCCGUCAUCCAUGGUUGGCAUCUUCCCUGAUAUCCCCAGCUGCAAAUGUGUCGAGAACAUCUUCGACUUGCCCACUGCAGACGGGCUUGAGCUCUACGUCGGUCUUCCCAAGGACGCCAAGAUUGGCGUCGACGCAUUAGCCGGCUUCCCAAGCUUGGCCACCUUGCCCUACAACGCAACUCUCGGCUUCCACGGCGUGACAGUCUUCCAGCAGGAGAGUCGUAACGAGAGCAUGGUGGUCACUCUUGCCGACGUGGAGGAGCGCAGCAAGGUCAGCGCUGCCAAGCUUAAGCUCGGGAAGAGAUGCUUUGUGGGCUACCCGUUCCUGCAGGAGGCAAAGAUUGUUCAGGUUUCCGACGAGUUGCAUGACUAUAUCCUGGCGCCCGAUGGUCAGAUCAUUGCCAAAGAGCACUCACACAGGGACAUUGAGGAGUUCGGCAAGAAGUCCAACCGAACCGAGAACUUCUACAGCAAACGCCUUGGUGUUAUCACUGGCCCCGUUGAGGCUAUGGUGAAGGUCGACAUGUUAAAGGGUCUCAUCAAGAUGGAUGAUGGUGCCAUGGUCAAAGAGUAUGGCGAUAUUCCCGGAAUGGAGACGGACUACGCAGCCCAAGUGAUCGUGGACUCAGUUAUCAGCGAAGACGAGCGAUUCAUCGAGCGAGCCGCUAUCCCUAUCGAGGAGGAAUUCCCACCAGGGAGCCGUGCCUUCUUCCUCGGCGAAUAUGCUUAUGGGCGGCCCCUCGAGGUGGCCGCCGCUGGCAACAACAAGGCGGACAUUGCGCUCUCGAUUCCUACCGCGAAAGACAUCGAUUUUGCAGGUCCCAUCAUCAAGAAUGCCAUACGACAAAACCCGUACAGGCCUUCGUAUGCCGUGGCCAAGGAUCUUGGAAUUCACCCGCUGGUUCUUAGCAAGAUCACAUCGUCAUUUUUCAUCAACACGAUCGGUGGUAGCAUGAAGGUCAACCUUGGCCUCAACCUCAAGUUUGACGGCAGGAAGCAGAAGGUGCUUGGAUACUCUCGCAAGUCUCAGACUGGCUGGGAAUUCAGCCCGGCUGCCAUCCGCCUUCUGGUGGAGUACAUGACCAACUUCCCCGACUUCUUUGCCGCUAUUCUCCGCAACCCGCAGGGCAAGGAGUUCGACGAUGUGGACCUCUGGCCGGAUCAGGAGACUGCUACCACGAGGGUCAAGGCCAUUGGACAGUGGCUCAAGACCAAGGAGACGAGCAAGUUCGAGCGCGUCCCCCUUGAUGCAGAGCAGCUCGACUCCGAUGUGGUGAUUCAGCUACAGGCAAAGAUUGACGAGCUGCGUGAUACACUUCAAAAGGCAGAGGUGAGGCGUAUGAAGGGCGUGCCACGGGCAGCGCUGCUCCACCCCAGAGACGCCGAGCAGCGUCUCGGUAACCAGACUUUUGGAUUGGGAGACCGCGUCAUCUAUGUGGCCGAUUCUGGCAAGGUCCCGAUUGCGUCCACCGGCACGGUUGUGGGUAUCAGUGAGAUUGGUGCUCACCGCAUGCUGGAUGUCCUUUGCGACCGGCCGUUUAUGAACGGCACCACCCUCGGCGGCCGUUGUGAGGCCUUCCGCGGCCAGACGGUUUCCGCGAACGCGGUGCUUAACCUCAGCUACAAGCAAGUUGUCUGGCACUCGUCGAAGAGCGCACAGAAGCAGCAGCCCCAGAGACAGACGCCGCAGUACGUGUCCGGAUACGGGUCCUCGUCCACCCAGUAUCGCGAUGCCAAUGCACCGGCACCUCUCCGGGGCACCUGGCGCGGUGCGGUCAACGGCAGCCGUGAUGGGCAGCCUGGUAGAGGCCGGGGUGGGUCCAAUGGUGUGCCGAACCUGCAGCACAGCUCACUCGUGUACCGCCCUCUUCCAGAGGGUCAUCAGAACCACCCGCAACAGCAGCAGCAGCAGGUGAACGGGCGUGCUCGUGGUGGCGGUGCACCGAGAGGUGGUGGUCGCGGUGGACGCGGCGCUGGCAGUGGGCAGCCGAACGGGCAGCCGCAUGCCACUCCCAACGGCACUGCUGGCUACACCGCGGUGCCGCCGCCGGCGGGCUUGGAUGCUCCUGGACGUGGCGGUGGCCGCGGUGGCCGUGGAGGACGUGGACGCGGCGGCCGGGGCCGUGGCGGUGGUGGUCGUGGAGGACGGGGUGAGAGCAGCCAGGGCCAGCAGGCUGCUUAAGUACGUAGUCCCAAGCACGCUGUCGUGUAGACCUCAAUGGCUUGAGGGCGAAAUGUUUAUGAGUCUGAGCAUUUCGGUCGAUGUCUACUAUCUCGCCUGCUUCAUGCUGGACAGAGCUUGUGCAGUU